GUUAUUUUAGUAUUGUAACGUCCUCGAAAGGCUCCAGACAUUAAAUCCCAAUCCCGCGGACUGGACGGCAACGUGCUGCGAUGGUAACUUAUGCAACUGGAACCCUAUGGCCGGAGACAGGAGCGUGCACCACCUAGUGAACACUAAACCUUGUCCAACCUCACUGACAAGGCCGACUACCACUGAGAGACCAACAAAACCGUUGCCUCAAACAUCAAUACCGGCUUCAACACCACCACCAACAACAACAAAAACAACAACACCUACCACCACAACAACUACUACACCACCACCAACAACGAAAACAACUACACCUACAACCACAACAACAACCAUACCAACAACAACAACAACAAAAACAACAACGCCUACCACCACGACGCCUACUACCACAACAACUACCAGACCAACGACAACAACAACACUCGCCACAACAACAACACCUACCACAACAACAACACCUACCACAACAACUACCAUACCAACAAUAACUACAGUACCAACAACAACAACAACAACACCACAACCUACUACAACAACAACUACAAGAGCAACUACAACACCACCACCAACAACAACAACAACAACAACGACUACUCCAGCUCCUACUACUACAACAACUCUAGCCGCAACUACUACUCAUCCCUAUACAUUGCCACCAAAAGCAACCUCGUGUCAUGUGUGCACGGGUCCGCUUGUGAUCUGCGAGAACCUUCACAGGCCUCAGGCUUGUGAUCCUCCUAAUAACUACUGCAUAAACCACAUAGUGAAUCACAAUGACGGGUCCAGAACUGUAAACCACACGUGCGGAAAUUUUGACACGUGUUACCGUGAGUGGUGGCAGGGAACGUCGGAUGAGGACAAAUGUGAGGACUUGUCCACGAACAACCAGAAACUCGACUUUCAGUGCACCUUCUGUUGCGUGUCGGACAAUUGCAACAUCCCCGUCAGACCGGCGGAGAGUACGCUGUAUAAACCAAAAUUGUCAGCUUAGAAAGACAGAAACAAGGCAGUCGAUUUCAUCUGAUACUUUGUCUUAUGGUACCAGAAAUAAAUAUCAAGUGGAAUUCAA